GAAAUCUUAGUUUAGUUCUGUUUCUGUAUACCCUAAACUGAAACUGGAAUGGACCCCACUACCGACACCUGUGGCUGUGGCUGAGUCCCGCCAACUGGUGAAACUUUCAGCUUCCCGAUUUCAGUUGUUUUAUUUCUUUGAUCCCUUAUUUUUCUGGGAACGGAGGAAAAGUGAAAGUGAAAGAGUAAUGGGGAGCAUAACAUUGUGGCAAGGAGUGACUCUUACUGGUAUAGCGUCAUGGAUUGUUAUUUCUUCAUAUUUCAAUGUGACCCACAAGAUUAGAUAUUUGGUUCAACCAUGGGUGACCCAUCAUGUCAUCACUGACACUGCUCUCAUCCUCCAGAUCCAGAAGUACCGGCACGGAUUUUUCGACGCUUUGUUCUCUGGAUUGUCAUGUGUUGUUUCUGUGCCGUUUUACACUGCUUCUCUUCCCUUGCUUUUCUGGAGUGGGCAUGUCAAGUUGGCUAGGCAAAUGACCCUUCUAAUGGCUUUCUGUGAUUAUACAGGGAAUUGCAUAAAGGAUGUGAUAUCAGCUCCUAGACCCAAGUGCCCUCCUGUUAGAAGAAUAACUGCCACAAAAGAUGAGGAAGAGAACGCUUUGGAAUAUGGAUUGCCGUCUUCCCACACUCUUAACACAGUUUGCUUAUCUGGGUAUCUCUUGCAUUAUGUCCUAUCUUACACCCAAAAUCAAGAUAUCUAUGCGGAGUUUAUCGGAUUUGCCAUUGUUUGCUUGCUUGUGGGUUUCAUUGGUUUGGGAAGAGUUUACCUUGGUAUGCACAGUUUGAUUGAUGUCAUAUGUGGCCUUUUCAUGGGGUUGGCAAUCCUUGCUUUCUGGCUUACUGUUCAUGAAGAUAUUGAUGAAUUCAUUGUCUCAGGAAAAAAUGUUACAACCUUCGGGGCUUCCCUAAGCCUCCUGUUUCUGUUUGCUUAUCCAACUCCUGAAUUUCCUACUCCAAGUUUUGAGUACCAUACAGCCUUCGAUGGUGUUGCCUUUGGAAUAGUGGCUGGGAUUCAGCAAACAUACCAUCAGUUCCACCAUGAAGCUGUGCCGCGAAUAUUUAUGCAACUGAGUCUCCCUGCCAUUUUUUAUAGAGCUCUUGUAGGAAUACCAACAAUACUCAUUGUUAAGUUCUGUAGCAAGACCCUGGCAAAAUGGGUUCUUCCUGUGAUAUCAAAUACCCUGGGGAUUCCCAUAAAAUCAACUACCUACAUACCCAUGCUAAAUGGAUCAGUUGGUAAAAAAUCAGACGAGAUCAGGCAAUCAAGCUAUAUCAAGAAGUUUUUCUUCUUCUCUCACCAGCAUUCAUUUGAUGUUGACACUGGCAUUAGAUUCCUCAAAUAUGCGGGCCUUGCUUGGUCAGUGGUAGAUCUAGUUCCUUCUCUUUUCUCCCACCUGAACUUGUAAUGCUCGGUUUCAUUGAUGAUUGACAUGGCUUUAGCACACGUAAUUUUGUAAAUCACGUAAUUUUUUGUCCAGGAAGGAAAACCAAUUAAUUCUUCCUAUUUAUUUCUAAUGGAAUUAAUGCCCUUUCAAGUUAA